ACAGCUUUUUACGUUUGUGAAAACGGUGCUUAUGAAGCUGCUAAACUUCAUACUGCUAUUUAUCGAAGAAUAACACCAACCAACCAAUGCUUGUCAUUUUUUGGCGCAGAAUACGAAUGUAUAAUAAAAAACUUCGUUGCGCCAUUCAUGGAACAUAUUGUGGAGUCAGCUUGCAACAGUCCGCAUUGUAGCAUGAAACAAUCGAGAGCCUGCUUCAACACAUUUCCUUCGGCAACGGUGAAAAGUUCAUUUGUCCAUGAUGUCCAAAAGUGGUUUCUUGAAGCAACAACGUCAGUUUGUGGAAAGAAAGUAAAUCAGAACAUAUCUGACGAGUUUUCUUUCGUCGACGAAAACAUAACAACAGGGAUAAAGAACAGAUAUUGUAAUGGAAACAGAAAAUACAAGGCCCGAUUUUUUAAAAAGCUUCCUCAACUAUUAGUUGUUGAUGUUGCAGGCGAUAUUGACCCAAUAGACAUGGCUACCAUUCCCGAACAAUUACACAUUCGGUUUUCCACAAAUCAAGGAAAUAGAUAUGAGUUGGUUGCAAUCACACUAUGGAAGGGAUCGCAUUACACCGCAAAAAUCAGGUUCAAUGGCGUAUGGUUAUUCUAUGAUGGUAUGUUGGAUGUUUUAGGAAAAACUUCACUCAAAGAAUGUUUUCCGGGUUAUACCCCAACAUAUUGCUUGUUCCUUGCGACACAACAACUCGCAGAUAUGAAAGCACCAACAGCACCAACGGACGAGCUUGAAAGUAGCCAAAACGAUAACAUACAGUUACCCGAAACUGCUACUGUAAUGGCCGACGAAUCAGAGGACGGUGCUGAACCAGUUGCGUUUAAAGAUAUGAAUGAUGAAGAAAAAUCUAUCUUCAUAUUAUCAUGUUUUACGCAAAUUGAAAUUGCUAAAGAAUCUGUGUAUGGAAACAGCUCGGUCCAAUUGGAUAAUCUGAGAUCUCCGUCUGAGGUGCCAGAAACUGUGGUGGAUGAGUUGGUUGAUAUAACGCUAGUUAGGGAUUUCUGCUCCAAAAAAGCAUACAGCAAAAUGGCAGCAACGAUACAGGAGAAAAAACAUGCGCCUUUGUGGAAAUGCAGUCAUUGCAGACGAAAAAUUGGAAAAGGAAGAUCAAUUGCAUGCGAUCGCUGUCUUGUCUGGUGUCAUUUUAAAUGCUCCAAAUUGGCUGUAAAACCCUUAGGGGACUGGUUUUGCGAUCUAUGUUUACAUAUUGCAAAAAAAGAUUUCCAGCAGCGUCAACAACAAAGAGAAGCAGAGAAAGAAGUAGAAGACGAAGAAGAAAGGGAGAGGCAAUGGAGGAGAGAGUUUUUGCCAUUAUUAUACAAAAACGGUACCCUGGACUACCUGGUACAACAAUCGAAGCUGCCUGAAGUAAAUCCACUACUUCUGAUUAAACGUUCUGGUAGCAAGUAUCAAGCAUUUUAUAACGAAAUACUGGCGAAAAAACAUCCUCAAUUUUAUCAAAAACUGAUGCGUCAUUCGAACAUUGCAGAGCCAACUGGAGUCAUCACCAAUUACAUUCGGAUGAAGUACCCGUGCGAAUUCGAUGUAGGGAGAUUAUCCUUAAACCGCAUUCAGUUUUUGUUGGUGGAAAUUAUUGAUAGAGUAAAUAAAAAAAGCGAUGUAAAGACCAUAAAUGAUAAUAUAUAGUAGUCUUCAUCUGUUUCUUGGUGUUUUAAGUUGUACGGAGUUGGUAUGGAUAAAAAAAAAUUCAAGUUAAGUAGAAGAAGUGAAGUAGGCUCAACCUCGUACACAGUUUUUUAAGUUGUACGAAGUUGGUAUGGAUCAAAAAAUUCAAGUUUAAGUAGAAGAAGUGAAGUAGGCCCAACCUCGUACACAGUUUUUUAAGUUGUACGAAGUUGGUAUGGAUCAAAAAAUUCAAGUUUAAGUAGAAGAAGUGAAGUAGGCCCAACCUCGUACACAGU